CACUUGUUGGGCACGCCAGCAAUUAUCGUGUCGUGGCGACUUCGUUGUUUCAUUCAAAUCAAAUUCAUUUAGCUUCGACAUUUCCCAGAAUUUGACGCUUCUCAAACAAUACUAAUGUUUGGCCAAAUCUCUUUACUACUCUUUGGAGUAUGCCUACUCUUUGGUAAUGCACGAAGUGCGUUGUCAGAGAUACCCAAUUGCGUCUUUGAAGACACGGUCAACUUGACAGCCAGCACCAAAUUCGGCAAUGGCUCAUACCUCCAUGAGGGACUGUUGGUGCCGGCACAUUUGACUGGCCGAUAUGACUAUAUCGAGUUGUAUGAUGGUGAACGUAAGCGAGUGGAGCUACACGUACGCGGUUGUGUGUGUAAACUGAAGAAGUGUGUGAGAUUCUGCUGUCAUCCCAGAGCGGAUAUGUACCGGUCAAGUAAAGACUCACAGUCGCUCUGUGCUGAAGAGCUGAAUGAAGAGCUCAAAUACUCACCGUACGUAAACGUUACGCUACAUAACAGUAGUCGCGUCAUGAUGCAUGUGCUGGAUGAGUUUGUCGUGCAGCAGGGGAUACCAUGCGCAGGUGGCUAUAUGCUAAUGCCACAUAUAUACGCAGAGGAUCAGUGGGAGUUGCGAGAGGAUGGUACUUUAUAUCGCCUAGCUGACGCGAAGAACUUAUCUAGACGUGAGUAUUGCCUGCAAUCGAUCCCAGUUGGAGACACAUAUGUACUAAAUCCAAUGAACUGUCCCAUAAUCUACGAGGCACCUCCAACACUUAUGCUGAAUACGUUAAUUAUGCUGAUUUCGGCGCCAUUUCUCUAUAUAACCAUCCUAGUUUAUUGGCUAAUUCCGGAAUUGUGGAACUUGCAUACCAAGUGCCUAAUUUGUUAUCUGAUUUCAUUAGCUAUUGGCACGACGUUGAUUGUAAUGGUCAAUAUGCGAGGAGAUAGCUAUGAAAAUACUAUUUGCGCUAUUAUUGGUUUCGUCGCCUACUAUUUUAUUACAGCCGGAUUUUUCUGGCUCAAUGUGGUAUGCUACGAUGUUUGGCAAAAUUUCUGCCGCUCCAAAGGCAAUGUACAACAUUUGUCUCAACGAAAACAAUUUAUGUAUUAUUCUCUCUAUGGUUGGGGAUUACCAGCGCUAAUGACCGUCCUCACCAUGGGUUUGCAGUAUUCAAAUCUACCAAUCUACUUAAAGUCGGGUAUUGGAUAUUCACACUGCUGGCUAAAGACUGACGACUGGUCCGCUAUGAUCUAUUUCUAUGGACCAUGCCUGCUGCUCAUAAUUUUCAACAUUGCCAUAUUCGUUUUGACCAUAAAAAAGAUAUAUAAAAUGAGAAGUGAAAUGCAUACAUCGGUUGAGAGCAAAGAUAGCAGACGAAAAUUGCGUUCGCAUAAGAAUAAUCUUUGGCUCUUCUUUCGCCUCUUCACUGUCAUGGGUAUCGGCUGGCUGUUGGAGAUAAUCGGGUAUAUGGUGGGCAAUAAUAGUGAUUACACGAUUUUCUUUCAAAUCGCAGAUGUCUACAAUGCUGCACAGGGCCUGAUCAUUUUUGCCAUUCUGGUGUUGAAGAAGAAAGUGCUGUUGCUCAUAAAGAAAAGAAUUCUGUGCACGAAGAGUUCGGACGCCACAGUUUCUGCCGAAUCGCAGUGCUCUGAAGAAGAGAUAGCCUUGCGAAGUAUGACAAACGAAGUUCCACAGAUUUUGAAAUAAACGAAAAUGGGCCAUAUCAAACGAAGUGUAUUAUCAAAGUGGAUUCUCCAAAUCGAAUGCAGUUUCCUGCGUCCUUAUUGUAGAAUGUUGGAAACUCGAAACUGAAUCUUGGAAAUGAAGAGAUUAAACAUAUUUAUUAAGCUAUUUUAAUUUAUUUUGAAUUUCGUAAGCAUUAAGUGGAUUUUUUGUGU